AACCCCGUUCAUAUGUUUCUUCUGGCGUAAAAAGAAGCGCCGCAGCGCGCCGUUUUUUGGCUUGUCAACUGAAACCACGCAACAUUUUUCUCUCGGAUUUAAUAUUGAAAACAGUUACCUUUUUCUUCAGUGCUAAUUAAUAUUAGAUCGGUAUAGAUGUGCCGCAUAAAGUUUAGCUAUAAAGAGGAUAAGUGCUACUGUAAAACAGUGUGAGAAUCGUGUUUCCUCAGUGGUGACCCGCGAACUCACAACAUGCCUCUGUUGAAAAGAAAAGCCUUCGAGAAAUCGACGGCUUCAGAGUACCUCCGAGACGACGAUGAGGUUUUCCACUGCGAGAUCACCGACGAAAUAUUCAAAGACUAUGAGGAGUACUGCGAACGUAUUAUACUCGUUAACUCGAUGGUUUGGACAUGUGAGAUGACUGGCAAGAACAACUUGACUUAUUCGGAAGCUUUGGCCUCUGAGAAAGCCGCCAGGAACCAGUUGAAAGAUUUCCCAAUGGAGCUCCGUAUACCAAUAUUGUAUCUGGCAGCCAGGACUAAUAGAUGCUCCUUUGCGGAAAUGUCUGAGGAUGUUUUCAAUUUUGUGAGGGACAGAUAUUUUGUGGGCGAGACAAUAGAGGCUUGUCUGGAGGGAGAUCACUGGACAGAGGCUCACAUCCUGUCAGUGACCGCACAAAAGCAGCAUCCUGACAGCAAAGCAAUCCUUUCCGCUGCAUCAUAUGUCUAUGAAGUGGAACAAUAUACUGAUGCUACCCCUUCAACAAUGGGCCAGAUUGGCACAGCACCGUUCGACCGUGUCCGGCGUCGUAAAGGCAUCUACUCCAGAGAUAAGAACAGGCUCUUCCUCAAACAAUUUGUAGAGCACGGCCCUGGAGGUGUUAUAUGUAUAAAAAAAUCAGCCCUGAAUGAGUACAACAUCAGCAAAGUUAGUUUCAGUCAGAUAUUUACUGGAAAUCCACCUGAGUUUGAAUCCUCAAAAAAACUCCUCAAAUCUCCAGCAGCAACUAAAGUUCAGCACAAGCCUGCAUCUGCUACGAAACUGAAUAAAUCACUCAAAAAACCAAGCCCUGAUAAAAAAGGAAGACAAGAAUCUAUGGAUAAAUUUUUGAAAAAGACUGAAAAAACUGAAGCAAAACCCAAAAUGCCAGUUGAUCCUGCUGCAAAGAAAAGUGCUCAAGAGCUUGCAGAGAAAAUGCGCAGAGCUGAAGAUCAGAUGCGACAGCGUAAAGAAGAGGAAAAAGCCAAGAAGAAGGAGAAGAAUGCAAGGCUUCAAGCAUAUCUUAAAGAAUGGCAGAAAGUGAAAGAUGAUUUGGAACUUGAGGACCAUAAGAUGAUACCAAAAGGCACUCCAAUAGAUAUUGAAGGAAUAUCUCAAAGUCAUAUAGGAGACUUCCUCUCAGUUCUUGAGUUUGUGCACUUAUACUCUAAUAUCUUAAAAUCGAAAGACUUCUUACAUGGAGCACUUGAUAUAGAAACAUUACGGAAGGCCUUAACAAUGAAAGAGCACUCUGGAGUCUUCUGUGAUAUAAUCCAGAUGUUUUUGACGACAAUAUUUGGACUUCAAGAAGAUGAGGCUGAAGAUUAUAAUGAGAAUGGUGGAAUACACCUUUCCAAUGAGGAUAAGGAAGCGUUCCCGGAUGUGGGCGUCGCAAAAGCCGUAGAGCUCGCCACUAAAGCAAGCAAAUGGUCUCAAACUUACCUUGGGACUCCGCUCAGCAAACUUCCCAUGGAUGCGUUGACUGUCAGUGAGAUACUGAGGCUGCACCUGCUGUCGUCGGGCGCGGCGGGCACGGCGCGGGGCGCGGCGUGGCGCGCGUCGCAGCGCGGCGGCUACUCCUCGCUCGACGACCCCGGCCUGCGACUGCGCCGGCGCGCGCCACAGCUGCUCGUGCGGCUCGCCAAGUACCACGUGGCUGAGCUCGGACUAGAUGACAAAUUCGAAAUACUCCAGUGCUUGAUGAACCAGAUACUGACUUACGCGACCGUCCGUGAUGUCAUUGAGGAAAAACUCGAGGAACACAAGAAUUCUAAGCAAGCUUUGAGACUUUUACAGAUAAACGAAAGGAAACGCGAAGCGCAACUGCUCGCGUCGAAACAAGAUCUUAAGAAAGAAGCUGCAGCUAAAAAAGAGGAGAACAAGCUCUCUGGUGAAAAAGCUCGAGCUAUAGACGAACAGCUUAAAGUCGACACAGAGAAGCUGAACAAAGAAAACGACGAGAAAAAGAAAGAGUACGAAAAGAAAUUAAAAGAACUGCAAAUCGGAUUGUUCGACUAUUCUUCUUAUCUUGGCAUGGAUCGCGCUUACCGUCGCUACUGGCUCAACCAGGCCGUGGCCGGGCUGUUCGUGGAGGCGGGCACGGAGCCGCGCGGGCCGUGCCGCGACAAGCCGCUGCCUUCCGCUCCUGAGCACGGAGAGGACACCCUCACCUAUGUCACUAGAUUGUUUGAAACCGAAAAGGAAAGAGCGAGUAGUGAUAAAGAAAAUGAUUCGGCAGCAAAUUCACGGGGGAAUUCCCCAAAGAAACCGCUCACGAACAUCAAUGGCUUAACACACAGGAACGGGUUCGAUGAUAUCACACAACAGCUAUUGAUCUGCAGCGGAGAUCUUUCUACGUGCAAAGUGCAUGGAAAGGUCGACCGGCCCCAAUGGUGGGUCUACCACACAGAGGAACAGAUAGAAGCAUUGAUCCAGUCUCUAAACAAGCGCGGUAUUAGGGAAAGUGAACUCCGACAGAGCCUGGAGCUGGACAAGGACAACAUCAUUCAGUACCUGAGGAAAUGUCCUGUCAAGUACCUCAAUGGAUCUGCUGCUAGUUCUCCCCCUCCCCCCGCGCCGCACUACACGCGCCGCCGCCCCCCGCCCCCCUCGCUCACCGUGCCGCGCGACUCCUCGCUGGCCGAGGCCGUGGAGCUGGUACUGCGCGACUAUAUCCUCGAUCUGGAGGAGAAGAUUCACUACGGAUGCCUUGGAGCCCUUAAAGUUAAGGACCGCGAGGCGUGGCGCGGGACGAUAAUGCUGCGCGGGUACGACAAACAAGCCGACUACCUGACCUGGGGCCCCAACCAAAUGUACAGAGAUGACUAUCACCAGCCCAACGGCGUUCUGAAUAUUCCUCAAGAUCUUGACGAAACAGAGCUAGAGUCGAUACCGGUGAACAAAUACCGCGACCCCGGCUACUACCUGGAGGCCGCCAGGGUGAACGGAGUCAAGGUAGAGGGCGACGAGCUGAAGGCGAGGCGUGACGUCAUCCGAGGGCUCGCCUGCGCCCUGCUGCAGGUCUCCCAGGCCAUACACGCCAAAUACUUGAAACGGCCUCUGGGGUGGGACGAGAAGGGGCGGGCGCGCAGCACGGAGGGUGGCGCGCUGGCCCGCUGGCAGGUGUCGCUGCUGGAGUGCGGCAGCGCGGCGGGCGCGCGGCUGCACGCGGCGGCGCUGCACGCGUCCGUGUGCUGGCGCGCGUCCGUGCUGCGCGCCGCCUGCCGCCUGUGCCGCCGCCGCGCCGACCCGCACGCCAUGCUGCUGUGCGACGCCUGCAACGCCGGCCACCACCUCUACUGCCUCACGCCGCCGCUGCAGAAAGUACCGGAAGGCGAUUGGUUCUGCGAUCAGUGCAAGCCGAAAGAACAUAAACGGUCACCCAGGAAGAAGAGGAAACUGUACUCCGAGGAAGAUGUCGAAGAACCACCGAACAGCGAAGCGGAAGCGGAGGAGUGCGAGGAUGAAGAGGGCGGCAUCGACGCGGGCGUGUGCGCGGCGUGCGGCAGCGGCGGGCGCCUGCGGGCCACGUGCCGCGCCUGCGCCGCCGCCUUCCACGCAGAGUGCGCCGAGCCGCGCCCCCCGCCCGGCGCCGCGCGCUGGCUCUGCGCCGCCUGCCUCGCGCCCACCAGAGCGAUGUCGAGCGUCCGGCGCUGUGCUGCCACCGCGUUGUCCAACAUCCACCAGUACACGAGGGCGCUGCACGCGAGCCCCUCCUCCGAGUCAGAAGACAGCGAUUACAACACGACUCUGGUUAAACUGAAAAAGAGGAAACAGCGCCACAGCAACGACGCGGUGCCCCUGCAGAACGGGACCACCCCUCCUUCGGGGAAGAAACGCGGCAGGAAACCAAAACACGAGAAACUGAACAUGAGCAACGGGAAAGAUAGGAGAUCGAAAAAUUCCCUCACAAACGGAGUUCAUGAGGAGCGUGCGGCGCGCGGGCCUGACGCCGUGCAGCAGCUGCUGCGUGACGUCAUCAAGCACAAGGACAGCUGGCCCUUCUACGAGCCCGUCUCCAUUGAGGAUGUACCUGAUUAUCUUGACGUAAUCGAUCAGCCCAUGGACCUCACCACGAUCAAAGAGAAGCUGGAGAAGUCCCAAUACAGCUCGGACGAGGAGCUGAUAGCUGAUAUAGCGCUAAUAUUCCAUAAUUGCUACACUUACAAUACUGAUACACAUCCCGUUGCCAAGGCCGGUGGUCGCCUCGAGAAAUUCGUGAACAAGCGCUGCGCCGAACUCGACUUGCCCUCGCUGCCCGAGCUCAGCUUCAGCAAGAGGAAGGAAGCCGAGUCUCAGGAACACUCUGCGGGCCCCUCCUCCGAUGACGAGGACGACCUGCCCAUAGCCAAGAGAAAGAAGCACAAGUAACACGAACAGAAGAGCUAUAUAAGUGUGUGUGAUGUGAUCGUGUAAAGUUGUAAUAUUGCAUUGUGAUUAAAGACAAACUGAAAUCUGCUCGACGCGUCGGAAGUGUAGUGCUGAACUGUGGACGCGUUCUGAAAGCGACGCAAUAGCGACCGGAGCGACGGGUCGCGUCUCUAUUGCGUCACCGUCGCUAGACUUCAUUCGCUAUUUUGUUUAGUUCGACUUGUAAUCGAGUCGAGUAAUGCGGCUGGUGAUUUUAUUGUAUGUCAUUGUAAAUACGGUAUUAGGUUAACGUUUGUGGGAGGGUCCGUAAAUGCUUACGUACGACUAGCUUACUGCUCGGCGCAAGUUCAAUAGUUUUGUUCCUGUCAAGCUCGAAGCAGCUUGUGAUUGUCCGUUUGAGUUUCACAAUUUUGAUCAACAUUCGUUUGGUAAUAUAAUAUAAUUGCAUUUAUGACUAAAAAACAGUAAGUCAAGCUAUUUUACCUAUUUUUAUGGGUUUUAUGAUCAAAUUACAAUCGGUUUAAUUCCCAUUAUUAAUAGUUCCUGACCCGUCAUUCCUUUAACCAAAGUUUUGGGCUCACCGGUUUGUUGUGACAUGCCAGUGCCAGUGUCCCGGACAGUUCCUGAUCUGUGCAAACACAGCACCAGUCAACGGUGUUCAUAAAUAAUAGAAUCUUGUAUAUUUGUUUGUCAAGGAGCUUGCACGCUUCGCAGAUUUCAUGCACGUAUUUUUAUUGAGUCUUAAUUAUCUUAUUUAUCCAUACUAGAUUAGAACGAAAAUAUAAACAUUUGUAACUUAUUGACGAUAUUUUUGAUGUGAAUGUUUUAAAUUUUGUUCUGUUCUCGUGUAAGUUUGGAAAGUAUACAUAAUAUUAUUUAUUAGUCACUCGUAGUAAUAAUAUAAGUUAUGUUAUGUAAAAUUCUUGUGAGAAAGUGUAGGGACGUCAGAAGUUCAACCAUUAAUAAGUUCAUCAUUCGAGGCAAGCCAUCUCAAAAUACUCAGUAUUGUGGCUUUCUUAUUGCAGCUGUAGACAGAUAGUAGGCGAACCACGCGACUGUAAGUGGGCACGCGGCCGGCCCGCCCGGCUGGGGCUCGCCGUGUCACUUCUGGAAGCUUCACGUAUUUCAAAAUAUUGGCUUAAUUCAAGAACUUGACUACAUAAGUCACAUUAGAACAUGUAGAUAUUACAAUACUUAUAAUAAAAUUGAAAGUAAUAUCUUAAGUAAAUUAGAUUUUUUUGCUCUGUAAAAAUUAUAUCAAUCGUUUUUUUUAAUAGACGAAUCAGUCUAAAGAGAAGAAAAUCUAAUUUGAAAUAAAUUGAAACGCUCUUUCUGUCCGCGGGACAGUAACUGUCUUAACGGCAACCCGAGCUGUCGUCGCCCUCCGCCUGGGGCCCGACUCGCAUCACGACUUGCGCAAGCUUUCUUGCUAAAAUUGUGACUAGAUUCAAGUUGGAAGCAACUUGCGCGUGUUUCUGACACAGCGCCUCCGGUUUUAUGUAGUCUGUGUAUUAUUGUGAUAACGAUGGGCCCGCGAGUCCGGUCGUGUGAUUGUUAACGAAACCCUGUAUUAAAUAUAAAUAUAUAAAUUAUGAAACAAAACGAUCAAGUGUAUUUUUAUCGAGUUAUUUGAUGUUAUAAUAUCGAUGUAUAAUAUCGAUUAAUAAAAUUUGUAACGUUUUAUAGAUUAUAUGGAACUGUGGUGAUUCUGUGCAGUGUAUUCAACGUAAUAAUAAUACGAAUUCUAUAUAAUAUAUCGGUACAAUAAACUCGAUGUACAGAGUACUUGAUCGAACGAAUACCACCGUCAGUAGUUUGUUAGGCGACGUGUCUGCAUUUAGUUUAAAGACACGUUAUAUUCUAGGAUAUAUUGUGAAGUAGUUUAGUAAUGACCCAAUUUGUUCAAGAUACAUAGUCCUGCUCUAAAUCUUAUUGUGCUCUAACACUGAUUUUCCAGUAACGGGAAAUCAAACAGUCGCAAUACGAUUUCUUUUUAUUUGUGCAAUAGUUUAUUGCGUUGUCUCCCAAAUUAUAAAUUAACGUGUAGUCUAACAAUCAAAAUCAACGGUGUCAAUAUUAGUCAGUGACGCUUGCAUCACAACACGGCUGUUUGUUUACUGAACUGGAAUGUCACAAGGCAGUGAUCGGCGUGCUUAGUGCGAGUUUUAUAAUGUUCUCGAUAGCGUAAAAGGUAACCUAGAAUUUGUAUGCAGUUGGAACAGCGCCCCUAGCGGCAAACUUACGUAAACAUUCCAACUCCAUACAAAUUUGAAUUAACGUUUACGUUAUCGAGAACGUUAAAAAACUCGCACUAAGUACACUGAACCUAUAUUAUUUAUGGUCGCGUGACGAAUUCCAAACACCGCCUAAAAAAUGUAAAUAAGUAGUAAAUUGAAUAAUUCAAAACAAAAAUUCUGAACUUGACAAAACCCAAAGUUAAGAACAUCACCACUCUUGUUAAAAAUAAUACUUAAAAGUGAUCCUUUUAGUGACAUUAUGAUUUUAUAAAAUAAUUAAGUUAUCUUUGAAAAUUAUGUCACACCUUUUCCAUUUCCAAAUACAUAAAACUUGAACAAGUCUCUGUGUGUAGCUUUAUUUUACGUAUAGCGAUCAACGUUUUAGUGAUACUGUCCUAAUAUUAAGUUUGGUUUAGUUGACACGUGACUCGAAGCUCCAAAUUGUGUGUAGACCUUACGACCAGCUAGCUCAUCAGUGGUUAUGUUUUGUUUAACAAAUUUUAUAUUUCUAUGCGUUUUUUAUUUUAUUUUUAUUUAAGCUUUUCUAACUCUGUAUUUUAUUUAUUUUGUGUUUUGAUCAGGGCAAAGCCGUAUUCUCGAAGCUUUUUUUUUUUUAAUAAUUUAAUCAGUUAAAAUACUGCAUUUGAAAAUUGUCAUCACAAAUUAUUAGUGAGAUUUUUAAAAAAAUGGUAUUUUUUUAUGUAACAAAUCAUACUAAAGGGUACAUUCUUGUGAUCGUUUCUGAAGACAGCUCGUUCUAUUGCCGGCACGUUGCAAUCAGCUCUGCAAGUUUAAUUAACAAAACUAAUACUAUAACAGCUACUAUACACUAUAAAUAGUAUAACAGCAUUUUUGGUAUUGCGAAUUUUAUUAAAGCAUAAUUCUGAUAUCAGAGCCAUAAACUUGGAUCCACUUUUUUCACAAAUUAUAAUCGUGUGUUGUUUUUUAUUUUGUUAAUUAACAUUAUGUUUCUUAAAAAUAAUGACAAUUUUUUUCAUGCUAGAAUUUAAUAGGCUGGAACAUCUUGGAUACUUUCAUCAUUGGAUUUGUAGUGAUGGCGACCUUGUCGAUAUGCCGUUUUUUUUGUAACUAUUGUCGUAAAAAAGAUAAUAUGGAAGAAAUUUAAAAAUAAGUAGAUGCUGAAAUAAAAGACGAAAUUUUAUUGAAAUAUUUUUUUAACUAAUUAUAUAAAUAAGGUAUAGAAAAUACCUUAUUCAGUGUUUACUUUUCAUAGUGAAAAAAUAACGUGCAACCUUAAGAAAUAAUCUAUUUCAUUCUUUAACAGGUUAAAUUCUAUAGAUCUAUGUUCGCUUUCUUUAACUUUUAUCAAUAUUUUAAAUAAUGGUGCUAACGAAACGUAACUUACAAAAAUGCUGUAAAAUAUGGUUGACAAAAAAUAAUUUUGACAGUGAAUGAUGUGUGCCUGUGUUAAGGCGUCCUUUAAAUUCUAUUAGCUAUAGAAAUUGUGGUACCCCACAAACACUGUAGCUAGGCCCCAGACACCACGGGCCUAAACAUAAAUCGUCACUAUGAUGUCUUUAUUAGUAUGAAAAUUUUGCUACUAAAUUUCUUGAUCUACACAUUGCAAUAACUUAAACUCCUAAUGCAGAACGCGAUAUGAACGUAUUAUUUCAGAUAGAAUGUGCUUAUUUUUAAAAUUACGAUUUCUAUGAUUAUAUUAUUCUUAAGUAAAAUUUGUUAAAAGCAAAUGAUAAGUAUUGUUUAAAAUAUUGCAUAGACAUGCUUUUUGUAAGAUUACUAAAAAAAAUACUCAUGAAAAAUCUUUUAGUGUGUUUCAAUAAUUAUUAAUUGCAUUCCGAUUUGUGAUGGAGCUUUGUAAGUUCUAAUUUUUUGUUUAUUAGUUUGUGGAAUUUGUUUGUCAUUGAUUAUAAUAUUAAUGUAAUUAAUUUAUGUGUUUAGUAAAUAAAGCACCCCCAAAACCAAA